GACCCGGGCGACUCCUUCUCGGCUUGCUGCAGUAGCCUCCGCCAAUCCUCCGAGGUUGCUGUCGCUUCUGUCUCUUCCAAAGUUGAACGGGGGUGCGCGACUCCAUCAGUGGACAUCUGGUUUCCCCUCCUUUUACAAAUAAAAAAGGGAUUGUUCAUGUCGAACCGAUUCAGCCUUGGUCGCGCUGUGCACAGUCGCGGCAAGGGACUUCGGAAGCAGUGGAUCAAUUGAAGGAGAAGACCGAGAGACAAGAUGGGUUGCAUUCUGCUAUUACUGCUACUUUCUGCUCCUGUCCUGAGCCUCAUUAAUGGAAUAAACGAAGAACAAAAUUUGAGCUGGCGGUUAACAAAAGUGCCACAGAUGGUGAAAGGGAAAACUUUGUCCCUGGAAAGCCCUAAAUUUGAAGCCAGUGCCAAAUUGGAGCUGAGUGGAGUAUGUGGGAUUGAGUGUCAGCGGAGACUCCCAGGGCCACAUUUGUCUGACCUAAACGAGCUGUUCUCCUAUGAAACCGUCUUUGAGAAUGGCACACGGACUUUGACAGAGGUGAACAUCCUGGCAGCAGAACUUAAUCCAGUUCCAAAUGCCACCACAGAGGUAUUAUCAAGACGCAAGAGGCAAGUGUACGGCACUGACAGCCGGUUCAGUAUUUCAGACACACGGUUUCUGACCAAUUUCCCUUUCAAUACGGCUGUAAAGCUCUCCACGGGCUGCAGCGGCAUUCUGAUUUCCCCAAAGCAUGUGCUGACUGCUGCUCACUGCGUGCAUGACGGUGAAGACUACAUCAGAGGCAGCAAAAAGCUGAGAGUGGGUCUGCUGAAGCUGAAGUCCAAAGGCAGUAGCAAGAAGCGCAAAGGUUCCAGAAGGAGUAAAAGGGAGGAACUGGAUCUCAAGGCCUACCACACAGAUGCCAAACAGUCAAGGCGGGGAGCCAGCAGGAGAGCUGGCAGAAGACAAAAGGCACCUGGGUUGAGUGAGAAGAAAUCUGAGCGUCAGCCCUCCUUCCAGUGGACAAGAGUGAAAAGUACACAGAUCCCCCAAGGCUGGUUGAGAGGCGUGGCAGGAGACGUUGCAGUCGAUUACGAUUACGCGGUGCUGGAGCUCAAGCGCCCCCACAAGAAGAAAUACAUGGAUCUGGGUAUCAGUCCAGAUAGCAAGACGAUGCCUGGAAGCAUGAUCCACUUCUCUGGGUUUGAUGCUGACCGAUCUGGCCAGCUGGUCUAUCGAUUUUGCAGUGUGUCUGAUGAAUCUAGUGAUCUUUUCUACCAGCACUGUGAUGCUGAGUCUGGCUCCACAGGAUCUGGAAUCUACCUCCGCCUUAAAGAGGGAAACAAAAAGAAAUGGAAGCGCAAAAUCAUUGCCAUUUACUCUGGCCAUCAGUGGGUGGAUGUCAAUGGAGAGCAGCAGGAUUACAAUGUGGCAGUUCGAAUCACUCCCCUCAAAUAUGCCCAGAUUUGCCUCUGGAUACACGGGACUGAUGAGAAUUGUGUACAGGGCUGAAGGCAGCUAACCCGUUGCCUAAUUGUGUGACGGAGUGAGGACCCGUAACAAUAAUUGUUGAACAUACAUUGAGUUAGGUCUGAUUUAACUGGAACUUGAAAUCAGCAGUUACCUUCUUCUGAUAUACUGAAGAGUCAAAACAAAUAUACAGCAUUUAGUAGUAUUUUCCAACUGGGUUAAAUAGAAAUGACGUGCACUUAAUUGUAUUACAGUAUUUAUUGUUUUAUUUUUGUGGGAAAUUUGAGUCAUUCAUAUUAAAAAAAACUAAUGGCUCCUUAUGUUUGCUUGCAUUUUUAGAGAAGGAUCUUCUCUUACAACUGGUACUAGUAAAAUAUGUGAUUGUUUCAUGUUCAGUUUUCUUAUUUUUCUCAGGGCACUGCUCCAUUUAGCAUUUUUUGGGAGACAGGUUUCAUGUUAUAAGUGCAUCAUGUCUGAAGGGCAAUCAAAAUUAGGAUGUGCCAAGAAAAGACAACUUGACAUAACUGCAAACCCUAAUUUGUUUGGGAGAUCCUUGGCUCAUAUGCUCAAUCUCUCUCCAAUACAGUGAUCUAAUGAACGAUUAUUCCUUGCAUGAUAAACUGUAGUUGGCCAUUACUCCCAAACUGUAACCUGUGGUUGAUGCUUUUUCCUAAAAGCUGGGAUUCCAAACCUGUAUUAAACCAUGGUUUGCCAUUAUGUCUGAAGGAUGUCAAUAUCUCUUCAUACUUAAGAUGUUUUGGAUAAGUAAGCUUAGCUGAAAUCAUAUUAUAAAACUCACAAAUUCUAUUGCAUUGCAUUCUUAACAACAGUGAAGCUUAAUGAUUGUAACAUGCCCUCUAUUUGGGAAAAAGGAAGAACCCUACGAGUAUUAUGUAAGUCUAGUUUGACAUCGUAAUUAAAACCAGGGAAUAUUAUAUGUGUACUUGUUUAACCAGCCACUAUUUUAAUAGCUCCCUGCCUUUUUUUUUAUUGCAGUCAUUGUACUUUUGUCACGAGACAAAGGUGACAACUACUAUUUUAUGCUUUAAAAACCAUGCAACAUAUUACCAGUUGUCUUAAUUGGAGAGGGACAUAGGAACUGUUCUGCAAUUAGAACUGGGAGAUCAGAGUUGGGCCAGCCCAGGUUGCCCCAUUAGCACUGGUGGAGAAGAAGACAGUUCUGCUCUUUCAAAAGGAAAUGCUGUUCUGUUGAAGUAGGAAGGGAAGCCUUUGCAACUAUGAGGGCAAAUUCACUGGUUAAGACAAGAGGAUUUCCAAAGCAUAUUGCAGCUUGCCUUCAGAUGAAUGCAUGGAACAGUAUGAACCCUUCAAUCUCAGUGCAAAAAAAGUAAAUCAAACAGCUGUUCCUUUACUAAAUCAUGUUGUUAUAACUACAGUGCAAUACAAACAUAUUAGGUAUGCUAUAUGCAAUACAACAAGGGUAGGAUCAUUACAGAGUCUAAACCUCGGUUUUAACAAACAAGAUUUCAAAAUGAGCAUGAAUACUUCAAAAUUUACACAUUUUCACUUGCUUUUAACAUUUAUUUUGCCCAACUUCCUGCUUCAGAUGUAGUCUAGUAUUUAAAAUCCCUUUAUAAGAAAACAAGAUUAUUGGGGUGCUAUUUUGUAUUUAGCAUUAAUAUGCACCAGAUGCAUAUUCCAGCUUCUGAGAAGUGGUAGUGUUAUGUGAUUGGAUGUUGUUAAUAUGACAGUAAUUUAGUGUUUGACAUGCAUAGAUCAAAAUUCACUUUAUCAGUGAGGGAGAAAAAAAUAAGAAUAUAAUUACUAAAUCUUUUUAAACAACCAUUUUGUAUGGUUAGUUGAACCAUAUGUAACUCCAUUUUGUAUGGUUAGAUGAAGAUAUUAAAUCUGUGACUGAUUUGAAAAAAAAUUGUAUUAUUUCUGUUACUGAAAUAUACAUUUGAGGACACCCUACAAACUAUUAAAAUGUAUUGUAAAAGCUUAUAACACGUGAAUAUUGAUUCUCUCAUUUCAAAUUGAAUUUUUAUAUAAACAUUUAGGUCCUCAUUUUGGGGAAAAAGGCAAAUGUACAAAUGAAGGCAGUUAUAAAUUUCAUUGUUUCAAUAAACAAAGGUGAACAUUUUAAAGGCACAGCAAUAGUUGAGCAUCAAACGUAUUUAUUUUAAUGUGAGUCAUAAAUUAUUUCAACAUUAAAAUCAUUUAAAAUCCUGA